AAGGUCUUUGCCUCCCUCAGGCGCCAGGGCACCAUGCCUUACUCUAAGCAGCCUAAUAGCUUCCAGAUUCUGAGCCUUCUGCAGUGGCCCUUGAGCUACCUUGCCAUAUUUUGGGUCUUGCAGCCGUUGUUUAUUUUGCUGCUGUUUACACCCUUGUGGCCACUACCUGCACUUUACUUCAUCUGGUUAUUCUUGGACUGGAAGACUCCAGAGAAAGGUGGCAGGCGUUCAGCCUGGGUAAGGAAUUGGUAUAUCUGGACUCACAUCAGGGACUAUUUCCCCAUAAUGAUUCUGAAGACUGAAGACCUAUCACCUGAGCGCAACUAUAUCAUGGGGGUUCACCCUCAUGGCCUCCUGACCUUUGGCGCCUUCUGCAACUUCUGCACUGAGGCCACAGGCUUCUCAAAGACCUUCCCAGGCAUCACUCCUCAUUUGGCCACCUUGUCUUGGUUCUUCAAGAUCCCUCUUAUUAGGGACUACCUCAUGGCCAAAGGUGUGUGCUCUGUGAGCCAGCCAGCCAUCAACUACCUGCUGAGCCAUGGCACUGGCAACCUCGUGGGCAUCGUAGUGGGAGGAGUGGGAGAGGCGCUGCAGAGUGUGCCCAAUACCACCACGCUCAUCCUCCAGAAGCGCAAGGGGUUUGUGCGCACUGCCCUCCAGCACGGGGCUCAUCUGGUCCCCACAUUCACUUUUGGGGAAACUGAGGUGUAUGACCAGGUGGUAUUCAACGAGAGCAGCAGGAUGUACAAGUUCCAGGCCUUCUUCCGCCGAAUCUUCGGUUUCUAUUUUUGUGUCUUCUACGGACAAGGCUUUCACCAAGGCUCCCUUGGUAUCUUGCCAUAUAGCCGGCCUAUUGUCACUGUGGUUGGGGAGCCUUUGCCACUGCCCAAAAUGGAAAAACCAAGCCAGGAGAUGGUGGACCAAUACCACGCACUGUAUAUGGACGCCCUGAGAAAACUCUUUGAUAAGCAUAAGACCAAUUAUGGCUGCUCAGCCAGCCAGAAGCUUCUUUUCUUGUGA